AAGUGAGAAAGAAAAAGGAUGCGUGAGCGCGCUUGUCCAGCCUGUUCCAGUUCACGUCGCGCCGCGUGUGGUAUCUGCACGUUCGCCUAGCUCGUAGGCUUUCGCCACUAGGCACCCGAUACUCGCUCCGUGCGUCUGUAUGGAUGCUGCUCAUAGUACUCACCGAGUGACGUGGAUCAGCGGCUCCGUUGGAAUUUCUCCAGUCCUUCAGUACGGGCAUGUGCAUCUGGACCAGGGAGAGUGCCCGGGACCUUUACGCGUCGACGCGCUCUACUUGUUUCACGGAAAGGAAAUAAUAGACAGCAGCAUUAAGGCGGGCAGUUUGGUUAUUUGACAGAAUGGCAGGCGCCAAGUGCCAUCUCAAAACCCCUAGUAACUUCCAGCAGUCGGCCAUGUUGGAGGGCUCCGAUAUCACGGAGACAGAGGCACUCACCACCGACAGCACCCUCGCCUCCUCGGUGACUGCCUGCAAGAAGGUGCUGUGCAGUAACAGUGUGCUGGACUCGGCGGACUACUGGCUGCAGAAUGAGAAAGCGCUGUGCCGACUGGGCCUGCUGGAUGGAGACGCAGACGGCAGCUGUUCUACAAUCUGUUUUGUGAAUUUAGACCAUGAGAAAAUGGAUUAUACUGAUCACAAAGGAAUAAAGAGGCUGGCCUCCGUGUCUCCAGAUCUGCCAAAGAUGGUGGAGUCUCUGAAUGUCCACCAGCCUAAGGAGAAUGAGAUCCUGCUCCUGGGGGGUUUACAAGCACCAGACAUCAUUCACACUCGCUCGCAAUCCUCCAUGCAGCAGGGCCUGCGGCAGCAGCAGCAGCGGGGGCCAGAUGUGUGUCUUCUGCAGUGUUCAGGACGGAGACUCACCAGCCAGCCUGGAAACAUCAUCCUGGAGAUCAACAGGUUCCUGAUUGGCCUCCAGUGGGGGAAGGAUCGCCACCUUCAGCAGCAGCAGCAGCCUCAGCAGCAGCAGCAGCAGGGCCAUGCCACGGCCGGGGCACGCAUCGAGGACGACACCAACCGCUCCAUCUCGUCCAUCGAAGAGGACUUCCUCACCGCCUCUGAGCACCUGGAAGAAGACAGUGAAGACGACAAUUACAGAAAUGAGCCAGGGAGCGGGGGGGCAGCAGAAGGACUAGUAGAGGUUGCACAGAGGCACUGUGUCCGCCCUUCAUCUCAGAGGGGACAGGGCUCUCUCCGUCAGGACAGUGAGGACGAAGGGACCGUCGUUGUCCCCGCCAAAAAGGGGCCCCACAAAACAAUCCACAACACAAAGGAGUCUGCUGGACACUAUGCCACAAACCUGGCUGAGUCGGUGCUGCAGGACGCCUUCAUCCGACUGUCCCAGGAUGAGACCUCAUUCAUACCUGGAGCGGCUGUGAGCCUCUCACUUUGCCCCAUUCCAUCAAACUCGACAUGUUCUGCAUCCAAAAGAGAAGGUUCCCAGCAACGGACCUGCUCUUUCGAGCUCCCCAAGAUUGUCAUAGUUCAAAGCCCAGACAGCUCUGAGGGUGCUGCAGAAUGGCCGGGCAUCCAGACGGUACAAUCUGGAGAAGAGGAUGACUCUGUUGAACGCCAACCCCUGUCAGAACAAGGGAGCCAGCCUCAUAAGGUCCAACACAACGGAGGGCAGCCCUCUAAACCUGUUGAGGUGGCUUUGGCCUGCGCCGCUAGCGUCAUCGGUACCAUCGCCAACCCACAAUUGACAGAACAGAUUACAAUGGAGUCCAGCUCAGAGGAGGACACAGGUGAAGAGCAGCAGGAGUCAGAGGAUGGAGCUGACUACUCCUUCUCUUCAGCUAUGGCUAAGCUCGCUGGUGCUGUAGCUGGUGUGGACCUAACUGAGGAGUCAGGGGAGGGUGGUGACUCAGAUGCAGACUCUAAUGAGGUCUACACGACCUCUAGAGGGCUGAUGUCUGCUGCGGAGGCGUCAGCUGCCUUUACACUCCACUGCAGUGUCACAGAGGGGACCAGUAUUGAGGCAUUCCGUGCAAACAUCGCCGAGGUUCUACACAGGGAAGCAGCAGAGGUGCUGGCCCAGCCAGAAGGCUACAAGAGUGUAGCACACCUGCUGGAGGUCACACAUAACAAAAUAGUCGAUGGCAUCACCUGCCCAAAGAAAUCUUAUGUUGAUGAUACAGAAGUUGAUGAUUUUUUGAGUGAGGUGGUUGACAGUCUCUUCAAGCAUGCUUUUGAGAAAGCAAAAAAGAAGAAAGAACUGGAGGGUCCUGGGAAAGAUGCGCCUAACCUGCAAAUCUUUCUGCAGGAGAGUGUCAACAAUUUGCUCUUUGACAUCCUUUGCUUGACACAUAAGAAAAUCAGUGACAUUUCCAGAUGUAGUCAAGCCCCAUUUGACAUGCAAGAAUGUGACGGAUACACCAGAGAUUCAUCUAGCACUAAAGAGAUUAGAGAUCCAGCAGGUCAGAUGAGACGCUUGGUUGGCUACAGUCAGGCCAUGCUUCAUUGCACAGAUACAAUCUCCAUGGCUCUAAUGCAAAAGGAUGGGGAAUAUUUGUUGGAGGAGAGGGAAACAAAAGCUCGGAAAUCGUCCCCCGCUGUACUUAGCAGAGAGCAACAACAGCAGGUGAUACUGCUGCAGAAGCAACAGCUGCAGUGUCAGACUAAAACAACCUCACCAUUGGCCAAGGACUGUUCUGAUCACCAACAGAUGCAGCCGGGCAAAGGGGCCAUCAGAGAACCUCUGAGCGAGAUCUCCGUGGCCUGCGCUGAAAGGAGGGGUAGAUUGGGGACAAGUGGUGACAGCCGACAGGGCUCCCUGACGCCACAGUCCUCCCUCAACUCCUGUAGUUCUCUGCUAUCUUUUCGAAUGGACUCUGAGACCAGAACACCUGUGAGUUGCUUUGCAGAUGACCUUGCAACAACAGUGGUGUCUAUGGCCACUGAGCUGGCUGCAAUCUGCCUCGAAAAUUCCACAGGGAAGCAGCCCUGGUUCUGUGGACUUAAAGGCGCACCUGAAGAGGGGCAUGAAGCCAUCUUACUGCCUGCUUGCCACACAGUAUUAAGGAGGAAAGAGGGCCAAAAUGGCAACACUACCUCUAAGAAGCACCGGGCACCACGUCUAAGUGAGAUUAAAAGGAAGACCGAAGAGCAGCCGGAGCUCAUGGAGUGCCUGGUGAACAGAGUGGUUGACGAGACGGUCAACCCAGAUGAACCCCAGGACCCUUUUGCCCUGUUUGCUUCUGAGGUGACAGCCAGGAUAAUGAAUUGCCCUGAGCUCAAUGUGGUCGACACCUCCAAAGCAGGCCAGCCACGCAGUAGACUGCAGUGUGAAAGGUGGAGCCGAGGUAAAGCAUCAAGUUAUGAGAGCAUUCCGGAGGAAGAUGGCGACCCUUUGGGCAGACAAAACACCCUGGGUCCUGGGAGUCGUCUGGGACAGAACCUAAGCAGAGGUAGCUCCAUUUCCAAACAGUCCAGCUGUGAGAGUAUCACAGAUGAGUUCUCCAGAUUUAUGGUUAACCAAAUGGAGACUGAAGGCAGGGGGUUUGACCUGUUGCUGGACUACUAUGCAGGGAAGAAUGCCAGCAGCAUCUUGGCCGCAGCUGUUCAGCAGGCUGCCACCAAGAAGAAUGGCCACCUUAAUGUCCGGGCCUCCUGCCUGUCCAAACAGUCCAGCACAGAGAGCAUCACAGAGGAGUUCUACAGGUUCAUGCUCAAAGACAUGGAUAAGGAAAACAAAGACUACAGUUUUACCAAGACUAAAGAGUGGAGCAACAGCUUGCUCCCACCUUCUCCCAGGACAUCGUUCUGCAUCCGACAGUCCUCUGUCCCCGACCGGCGUUCCUCGGACUCCAGACUGACUGUCGGCUCACCCAUCAAAGCCAACUCUUUUGAUGGAUUCGCCCGCAAUUCACACGGAGACACCCUCAACAUCUACCCCAGCAAUUCAGUGUCAGCAUCUGGCCUCUGUAAGUCGGACUCGUGCCUUUAUCAAAGAGGCAGAACUGACCAGAUAACCGACAUGCUGAUUCAUGAGACUUGGUCCAGUUCCAUUGAGUCUCUGAUGCGGAAGAACAAAAUAAUUGGUGAUCCAGAGGACAGCAUUGAGCUGGGCGCAGCCGCGGUCGACUCCCAGCCUCAGGUGCAGCAGUUUGCCAACCGUCUUGCAGCUGACAUUGUGGAGACCGGGAAGUCCUUUCUUGGGGGACAACCGGAGGGUGCUGGGAGCCCCUUAGGGUGGCAGCAAACGCAGCCCCGCAUGCCUGUAGGGGAACGCAGAAGGGGUUUCAAACAGUCCCGGCCAGGAUGUAGUCGAAGCAAAGGAAGCCAGGAGCAGGCUGGGACCGGUGAUGCCACUGCUCUUCGCUUGCGUUGCAAUAGAGAUGUGCCACUCAUUCACAUCGAGGGAGACCAGAAAGACGCGGGGACCAGCCAAGACCCUAUGAGGGUAAAAGUAUGCCGCCAGGACGUCACACCAGAAGUGUUAGCCCCAAAGCACUCAGAAAGAAUAUCAGCUGGGAACAGCAGCAGCGAGAGGCCAGCUGGGCCGGUGGCUGCUCUGGUCAAGAGGGACAAGCGUUCAAUGAGCGCUAGCAGUGAGGAGAGCAUGGGGAGCUGGUCCCAGGUCACUCCUGAAGAGGACCCCCCGGAUGAGACCAGUAGUUUUAUCCAACUGAGUGAGGGUAACGGGACCAGCAGCGCGUCCAGUGUGGGCAUGGCCGACCUGGAGGCCUUCUCUGAUGUAGCGUCUCAGAGCGCCAUCACCAUCAGUGCAGAAACAGGGAGAGGCCACCUUGCAGAAAGCCAGGGGAGUGACCUUGAGGAGGCCGGCCUGGUGAGAUCCAUGGAGAGUGUGCCAAUGCGCCCCAGGGGCCUCCUGGUGCUAAACUAUGACCUGGAGCAGGAGUGUGUGGACUGGGAGCUCAGAGUGACUCUCCAGUGGAUAGCAGCCUCCGAGCUCGGCCUGUCGGCCCUCUACUUCAGCAAGUCUAAGGAAAAGAGGGUCUCAAAGUUCCAGAAAGUGGUGCUCCUGUUGUCCCAGAAGGCGUGGCGCGUGGCAGACCUGUUCGCCGUCGUACUGCAGUUCUGUGAAAUCCACGAGAAGGAGAGAGAGGAGGGCAGAUCCUCUCUGUCCAGCCUGUUUGAUUGGCUGCUGGAGACACUUUAGUGGACCCCCGAGUCCUGGCUGACCUUCCCGAGUCGUACUCGUGACGACACACACAGACUGGACUACAUUUGAUUAUCGCUCUAACCACGCCCACCUUGCCGCUUCCUCCAUCUUAUCGGCAGGCCAGUGGAGCCGUGCACGUCUCCUGCUUUAGACUACAAGCACAACCCGUUUCCUGUUCGGGGUACCCAGAAGAAUUAUCGUCCCAUUACCGCCCUCUAACCUUAAUCCCGCCUGGGGAUGUUGCGUCGACGCCUCUUAGACAAGUUUCCCUUUAAAGAUAAGCAUGUUUUCAUUGCAUUCGCCUCGCAGUCUACAGAGACACACACACACACAACAAACAUAGUGAAAGUCAAUUGGCUUGGAUCAUCUCAGUGGGAAAGAUUUACCCUUUUAGCACAGCUUUGUAUCUGACAUAUUCCCAAGGCCAUUAUUUUGCACAUCAUAUAAUUCUGAACGCCAUUUAUUUUGCUAUUCAUGUAUGGUAUCGUCAUAACAUCAAGUUUUAAAACCCAUUUCUUUCUAAAGUAGAAAUGUCGGUGUAAAAAAAUAGGCAGUAGCUUCACAUCUGAUAGAAGUCAAGAAUACGUCCAUAUAGCUAUUGUUUGUUUAUGGACAAUACUUUUCUGUUGUGACCUUGAGAUUCCGUCCUGAGUAAAUCAUGUGUUUGUGUUCUUGUUACCGCAGAGUGGUUUAUUUUGGAUAGUUGUACAUAGGCCUUCUGUAGAUUCUGAAAUACGCACCUUGAGGUAGUGGACUGGACUCUCAUCGGUUUUUACUGCCACAGAGACAUGGAGGGUGGGGUUUGCAAUGUUGGAUUAUUUGUGAAUAUAGUCUGUAUCUUUCUCUAAAUGUAGUAGUAUGGUGUUUUAUCAUCGAUAGAGGAGGAAAGCGCACACACAACUCAAAUCAACUGUCGACUGUCACUGUAAAUUUGAAUGUAUUUAUCUUUCAAUAAAUCUAUGUGAUGUGAAAGA